AUGAAAUAAGGAAAAAAGAAACAAAAAUAAAAAAGUUCUUUAGAUGAAAGAUUUAUUGAAUUCUAUAUUUAAGUUAGAAUACUUUGUGAACAACACUUUGUUAAAUUCAAUAGCGCCAUAAUUAAUAUCAUAUUGAUAUUUUCCACCCUUUAAGAAUUAAGCUUUUUAUUGUUGAAUUAUCAAGAUGAAUUUUACAAAAAGGGAAUCAAUUUCUUCACUUUUAUUAGAGAAAUUUCUUUGGCAUCUCGAUUAAGAUUAAGCUUAAAUGAGCAAUUUAAUGAAUUGAGUUAUUUAAUACCCUUAUGCAUCACAAUACUUUAUCAGAUUCUACUGAUAUAUUUAUUUAUAAUGUCUUUGGGAAAAAAUAAAAAGUAGCAUAGAUUAAGAGAAUUUUUGAAAAGUUAAAAUAGAUUAAUUUAAGUUCUUUUAAGAAUUUUAUCAUAUUUUCAUUCAUUGAUGUAUUACAUUACUAUAAUUCCUUUGACAGAAUUAGCAUUGAGCUCCAUAUUCUAAAAUACAAAAAAUUCGUCCAUCAACAUGAUUAAUUUGUCAUUUUCAAUAAUAACGCUUAUCUUGGUAUUAGGGAAUUUUUUGAUUCAAUUAUUUUGUAAUUUAGAAUCAAUCUCUGUUACUCCUCAAAAUUUAUAAUUGCUGUAAGUUACCUUUAGUAAUUAUUGGAAAUCCUUAUCGAAUCUAAUUAUUUUAGUUAUUGAUCAAAUGGACAGUUCUCCUCUAACCAAAUUCUAUCUAAUUUUCAGUAUAAUACUAGUCAAGCAAGUUAGUAAUUUUUGGGCUUUGAUAUGGAGUUAUCCCAAUUUGCAUAAUCGAUAAAAAAUUGAAGUGUAAUGUAAUUUUUUUCAAAUAACACUGGCCAUAAUAUUAUUCAUCAACCAAGUUUCCAAACAAAAUCAAAAUACAUAUGAUGUGUUAUUAAUCUUAUUGAUUUCACCAAUUUUAAAUGGAAUCAUUUAGAGUUACCAAAUUAAAAUACAUGAAUCCUUAAUGGUGACUAAUAGUUCAAAAAUUACAGCUGAUAUGUUAUAAUAUAAAAUUGGUAAUAUCAUCCAUGAUUAUGGUUAUUUAUAAUCGAAUUACUUGCAAAACAAAAAGAAGAUGACAUAUAUCCAUCUAUUUAAAUAGACACACUAGGAUGAAUGUGAAGAUUCCAAAUGCAUAUGCAAGAGACAAAUACUUUCCUUUGAAGAUACCAUCAUAUUAUUCCUUAAAGAUUAGGUCAAGUACUUUGACAUAAUGAUUUCAAGAACAAAAGAUGAAUCUGCCCGUUAAUCAUUCUUCUUGCAUUACUUAUCUCUCAUUAACUAUCUAGGAUUGAAUACAAAGGCAUUUUAAUAAUCAAAUUUUUUAGCUUAAAUUGACAGCGAACAGAUCUAAUUUAGUUCAUCUGCUACUAAUUUAGUAAACUAAAAAUUUUAUCGAUAAUAAAGUGAGAAAAAAGAUGUAAACAAUAGUUAAGAAGUUAAGAGUCAUUCACUAUAGAAAUCAAAAGUAGGAGGAGAUAAAAAUACAUAAAGUACAACUCAUAUUAGAUUAAACAAUUUGGGAUUCAUCAUAAAAUAAAAGCUUAAUCUAGUUUAAGAAUAGAUCAAGUAAUCUAUGAGCAUAGGAUUUUCUAAAUAGUCUGCUCAACUUUCGGAGAAUUUAGAACAUGCUGUUAAAUUAUUUCUGCAAUCUGAAGAAAACAAUAAAAAAUUAAGAAAAAAAGUAGUUAAGAUGAUAAAUAGGAAAAGGGAAUUCUACAAUAAUUUAAAUCAAUUAAGCAAUGAUAUUAUUAUUUUUUAAGCUGGUAAAAAAUUACUUAUUCAAAUGAACGAUCUUGAAGAUUAGUUAUACAAAUUAUAUGAUCAGUUUCCAAGUUAAAAGAUGCAAGCACUCAAUACAUUUUAUUAAUCCGAAAUUAUGAAUAAUUAUUUUUCUGCUUAUAAAAUAGCAACCAUCGCUUCCAUUUCAGAUGAAAAAUUGUUGAAAAUGUAGUCCUCAACUAAUUUUGACCUAUUUUCUAAUAAAAUCGAUUAUCUCAUCAUAGGAUUUGAUUAAAAAUCACAUAAAUUAGCAAUUAGAAGUGGUUCAAAUAUGAUACACCAAUUUUUUGGAUUAUCCUAAGAUUCCUUUAAAAUGAUCUCCUAAAUCAAUGCAAUACUACCUUAAGGAUUUGAAACAGUACAUGAAAAAUUAGUUGCCAAUUUUCUGUAACAUGGAGUAUCAAAAUACUUCAGAUAAAUUAACUUGAACUUUUGUUAAUACCAGUAAAGCUUUAUUAAAACGAUAGACUUCUUUUAUGACAUCAAUUUUAUGAAUUUGGAUGACUUAACUUUUGCUUGCUUUCUAUAAAAUGUUGAAACUCAAAGUGUCUAUCUAUUUUCCUUAUCUAAUCAUAAGGUGUCAGGAAUCUCAAAAAACUUUAUUAAUAAAUUGAAUUACAGCAAUAAAUUAAAUAAAGAAUUGGCUUAAGCAUUUCAAAAAGUCUCUUUAAGCAAAGUCUUCCCUAAAAUUUCCUCAAUACUUGAGGUCAACAUAACUAGGGCAUCUGAUAUUAAUUAAGAUAUAGUGGAUACAACCUAAGUUAGUGAAUAUUCUUUACAGAUGUACAUUCCUUAAGCUUUGCUCUUAUAAAGCAACUAAAAAUUAAAUUGGGACAACUAGGAUCAUUUAGUUAACUAUUAAGUUGAUUGCGUUUUGCAUAUAAGAAAUUUCAAGACUGAAUUGAAUUAUAUAAUAAUUGAGAUCAAAGAAAUGAAAAAAUAAUCUAGAACAGAAGCCACAAUGCCUGAUCCAUAAAUGACAUUAGGAUAUAAUUCAAAUUAAGAUUUUGAAAGUUUGGAUGUCAUGGAAAUCGAGUAGGAAGAUAUAGAAUUUGCAGUUAAUAUGCCAAAAGCAAUAGAAUUAUAUGGAUUGUAAGAUCAACCUGAAAAUCUUGAUAAUUUAGACCAUUUUGAUUAAUUUGAAUACAACGUGAAAAAAUUAAGGGCUAAUGAUAAAAGCAUGAAUUAAUCUUAUUAAUAACCAUAUCAAAAUUAAUCAAUGAUGAGUCCUAAAGAUAGUGGGUUAAGACUGAUAGAGAAUAAAAACCCAGAUUUUAAUGUAACUUCAAUUUAAAAUAAGCAGUAUCUAAAGAAAUAAUAAUUUUUUAAGUCAGACGAAUAAAAUGAAUAAGAAGACUAUUCUUCAUCUUUUCAAUAAAGUAGUGAAAUAAAAAAAAAUCAGAUAAUUGAAAAUUAAAUUGAUAAACUUUAAUAUGAUGAUAUAGAUUAGGAAUUAUAAGAAAACAUAAGAAUGCAAAUGUAAAUGGACUCCAAAGAGUAGCGAAUAGUUCACAUUGAUGACAUUGGAUCAUAAGUAAGUUCAAUAGCAGGAUUAAAGAAAUCAAAAUACUCUAAAAAGUAUGAUUUAAUUGAAAAAUUGAUAAACUCAACUAAGUUUUCAAAAAAUUUUAAAAUAAUGUUUGUAUUUCUGACAAUUAUGUUAAGUUUAUUUUUAGUUUAUAGUGGGAUUAUGCUCUAUUAUUCAAACGAUGAUUUGGUCAGAUUUUUGGAAGAGCUGGAUUUAAUUUAAAUAAAAUCUAACAUUAUUGGACCAGUUAAUAAAUACAUUGAUGCUUAGAAUUCAUUGACAACUUAUAUUGUACUAAUGUUAUUGUACCCUAACAUCACUAUUACAACUUAGAUUUAAAAAAUGCAGUAUUCAAUCAAGGAUAUAAAUUAUACUUACAUUGAACUCAAGGAUAGUUUUACUAAAUAAUUGUCAAAUCCUUAUUUGAAUCCCUUUUUUGAAGAUAAAUACUUCAACAUUAUGGUCGGAAAGUAUCCAAAUACAACUAAUUAUACAAUAUCUGCAAGAGAAUCCAUGUAUUUAUAUCUAGAGGCCUGUUACAAUUUUGUCAAUAUAGAUUAUUAUAAUAUCGUUACUUUAGAUUUAACUUAAGGGUUUUUGGUAUUCCUGUAUGGAAAUUAUUAAACAUUUGUAGAAUAGUUGUAGAUAUUAAACGAAGAGAUGGUAAACUACUCAAUAACUCGAUCAGGCACUGUAUCAGAUAAAUGGAACUACCUUCUGAUUCCAAUAAUACUAGUUUGUUUGCUAUUAUUGUUUAUUACCUUCUCAUUUUAUAAGGCUUAUCUAAAUUAAUACAAUAAUUUUCUUUAACUCUUCAGUUUUAUAGACGCUGUAUGGUUAUAAAGAGAUAUAGAUAGAUAUAGAGGGAUAGCCUCCCUAUUGAUUAAAGAUUCUGAUGUUUUAUUUAAAUAUUAGUUUGAUAUUGAUAUAAAGGAGAAAUUCUUAGCAGCAGAGGAUAUAAGGAAGGAGAAAAUUGCUUAGAAUUAAAAAAACAAUAAAUCAAAGUAAAAAGGCCAAAUUGCCAAUUUAAAUUAAAGAAUGUCAAUGUUGCCAUCAAUAUUAACAUUUACAUUGCUAUUUGGAAUUUGCUUUAUUUUUUGUUUUAUUACAAAUUCCUUGGGAAGAAAUUACUUUUAUAAGUAUCCAGAUACAACAACAUUUUUUAACUCCUUAUCAGACUUAUGCAUUGCAGUCAGUGGAAUAUUCUCUAUGAGAGAUGUUACGUAUUAUUAAAAGUUUCCAUUAACAAAUCUCUUUUACUUUUUUCCAGAUAAAAAUGCCACUUUUUUUGUGCAAAAUUUCUUUAAUUAGAUUGAAAUUAUCAACAAUUUCUUAUCUUUAAUAUCUGAAUUGGAUACAAAUAAAUAUAUAACAUCUGAGGAUUUCGUAUCAUAAAUGAAUCUGAUGAUGAGUUCUGAUGUGUGUUAAUUCUUGCCAGAUAAUAAAAUUGAGUUGGCUUAAAGUCAUUGUGAUGCCGUUUAUUAAGGAGUUUUGAGGAAAGGGUUUUAGGCUGCUGGUACAGAUAUAAAAAACAGUUUACUUAACGAGUAUGCUCAAACUAAUGGAUUUGCUCUUAAGGUAUAUACGACCUAGUAAGAACUUGAGGCUGGAUUGAUAUUGUAUGAUACAAUUUCAGUUUUGAAAUCGAAAUUUUAAAAUUAGUUGAAGAAGUCAACUGAUGAAUUGAUUUCACAAAUAUUGAUAAUAAAUUUGAUGUUCAUCAUACUAGUUGUGCUGGUCAUUGUGUUGGUUUACACUAAAAUAUUGUCAUAUUUUAAAUGGGAAUUCAACUUGAUGAAGCGAUUUUUAUUGUUGCUUCCUCAGCAGUCCUUGUUUUUGGACAAUCAAUUGGAUAGGAUAAUUCGACAGAUGGUGGUGAAGGAUGAUUUAACUUGA